UCACUUGCUUUCCUUUCCAGCACUGAAACGUCAAAACAAAAAUGUUAAAGAACUCGCAAUUAUUUAAGAUUAUUAAUAAUAUUGUACCUUUAAGAUGGACGCGACUGCACAAUUCGGCUACCAAUGUGACACAGAGCUCACGCGAAAAGGCGUGGCUAACGGCCAGAGAACGUUACAAGAAUCACGAGCACGUUUAUUACAGCUCAGUUUUGGAGACGACCCAAUGGAAGUCUUACCCACCUGCUGCAAUUAGUUCACAGUUUCCGCACGACUGGAUGGACGACUACGAGUUCUACGAGGGAGCCAAGAGCACAGACUCCAAACACGGCACCCCGGACGCUUCAAUCCCGCCCUCAAGAGUGCCAUGCAGCGGAUGUGGAGCACACUUGCAUUGCUCCAAUAUCUCCAUGCCCGGCUACAUACCCAGCGAGAUAUUCAACGGGCGGUCGCAGCAGGAGCUAAGAACCAUCACCUGCCAAAGAUGCCAUUUCCUGAAUCAUUACAACAUUGCCUUGGAUGUCGAUGUACCAGCGUCCUCCUAUGUGGAUACGAUCUCGCGCAUACAAGACCAGUUUGCUUUGGCGAUCGUACUGGUGGACCUUCUGGACUUUCCCAGCUCCAUUUGGCCCGGCAUGCAGCAUGUUCUGGGGGCUAAGCGCCCGAUCUUCCUGGUCGGCAACAAGGUUGAUCUCCUGCCACGCGACUCCAACAACUAUCUGAAUCACGUGAAGCAGUGCCUGCAGCGUGAUUUCGUCCGGCACGGUGGCGGGGACGGGCUCAACAUAAAAAAUGUCAGUCUAAUAUCGGCCAAGACUGGCUAUGGCAUUGAGGAACUGAUCACACAGCUGCACAAGACCUGGGCGUAUCAAGGAGAUGUGUAUCUGCUGGGAUGCACGAAUGUGGGCAAGAGUACGCUGUUUAAUAUCUUGCUUAACUCGGACUACUGCCGCCCAGAAGCCAGUGAGCUUGUACGCAAGGCGACGACCUGCCCCUGGCCAGGAACAACCCUACAAAUGUUGAGAUUCCCCAUCUUCAGACCAUCUGAAAGCCGAGUUUAUCAGCGCUUCAAGCGUCUAUUCUCGGAACGUGACGAAAGGGCCGCCAUGGAUAAACUGCGGCGGGAACAAGCCCAAAAAACCGGAGCUGUUGCAGCGGCUCAGCCAUUUUCUCAAGUGGGACGCAGCUUCGAUCGUCGCGAGGUGGUCAGUGACUCCUUCUCGAUGUCAGCUGGCACGCAGCCCAUAACCACCUUGAACGAACGUCGUGCAGAGUAUCGGGAGGCUCGCUGGGUCUACGACACACCAGGAGUGAUGCAGCCCGAUCAACUGACUCCUCUACUGACCGCUGAGGAGCUCUCACAGCUGCAGCCAACGACAAUGAUUCGCCCCAGAGCCUUUCGCCUGCGACCCAAGAUGAGUCUGCUGCUGGGAGGCUUGGCUCGCAUGGAUAUCUUGGAUCUCUCCGGCUAUGAAAAGCAUUAUGAUUGGCUUAAGGUGUUUGUUUUCGCCUCACAGAACCUUCCUGUGAUGAUAGCUGACACCCUGCAAGUAGAAGCAGUAUAUAAGCGCUAUCUGGGCACUCCCUUCCUUGGUAUUCCCUCGACUGGUGGGGACGUUGAGGCUCGAUUGAAACGCUGGCCAGGCCUUCAUUGCAAAGAUCAAGAUAUUGUUGUUAGCAACAGCAACAGCAACAACAACAGCGUCAGAAAUGAGGGCAGGCUAAAUUGUGAUAUUACACUAAGCUCUGCAGGAUGGCUGGGCCUACUCUUGCCCGACAACUCCGAGUGCAGUCUUCGGGUGUGGACGCCGCACGCAGUGGGCAUAUAUGUACGUACACCAGCUUUAAUACCCCUUGCUGAUCGGCUAGUGGGCAAGCAUAUUAGAAACUCGUUGGCCUACAAUACUACAAAGCCAUUUGUAUUUAAAAAAUAAAACUGUUGACCAGAAAAUUAAAUUUACGCGCUUCUAAGUUUCAGGGCUGAAAAACCACCGAUGGUCGAUGGUUAUAUGGCGAUGGUUUUACCAUCGACGUUUUAUGCUUUGGCCGUUUUUGUUUGAUCCUUAAUAUGUAAAAA